AUUGUGAGGGAAGGAACAUAAUUGCUGUAACUCUCGAUUGUCUCCAUUUGUUUCCAGUUUCUACAGAUUCCGUGGAACAGCGGUUUCAGUCAUAGUUACAACCGUGGUUGCAGGCAUGUCCGCUACCUUUUCUACCGAAAUCAAACUUCUGCCGUCGAGGCCGCAAGGAAAGCUGUAGAGGAUGGAGAGUUUAAGCAACGUCGGAAGUGAAGAUCGAUAGAAGAUGAGCACAACUUCAAGGAUGCAUCUCUCCCUCUCUUUCUUGCUCUUUCUUGUUUUCCAAGUCACAGGUUGCGGUAUUUGUCCAGCCCUAAGUCGUUCAACCGAGGAAUGCGUCUGAGGAGGUGAUGACGGCGCGGUAUUCGAUGCAUAAGUGCAGACAUCGCCGUGAUUUAACCAAUCAAGACAUAGGAAUUUCUCUUCAUCGUCGUGUAAAGCUCAUUACUAAAGAACCCGACGUUUCGCCGGUAGAGAUGACGAGAGCUGGAUGAAGCUGGAUAUGGACGAAUUCUGUCAGCUUUAGGAGGGGAAACCUCGCUACGGUAAAUGAAAAUUGAUGACGGCAUUCGUCGUUGUCGGUCGGUGGGCGGAAGAAACACCGAAUGAUGAAAGAGCGGCGCGAAUUUGCAGAAGCCUCUUGAUGAAGCUAUUGCAGCUCGGUGAUGAGAUUCCAUUUUUCCAGCUUCCUGUCUAUAGAUUGUCAUUCCUCAGACUACGUUUAGCUUCGCAACAAUCAAACAUUGUUUUGUUUUUGUUUCACGUGUUUUUUCUUCUUUUUUUCUUUCUGUUUUUUCCUUUUUCUGGAGAUUGUUGAGAGGUUGUACGCAUGUAGCAUGCCGGAUUUUGUUCUUCAAAAAUUGCCUCAAGUUGAAUUAGGUUUUAAGUUGUAAAGGCUUACAGUUAUGGGGAUGUUACUCACGUCCAACGCCAUCGUGGCGCUCAAUAAUGGUGACGUCGAACUGCGCCCCGUGCUCCAGAUCGUCGACGUUCGUCAGAUAGGGAAUUCACAGACUACGACGGAGCGGUUUAGAUUGGUUCUUUCGGACGGCGUGCACCUUCAGCAGGCAAUGUUGGCGACGCAGCUGAAUGAGAAAGUAAAAAAUAAUCUGGCCGUCAAGGGAUCGAUUGUGCAGCUGCUGGAGUAUAUAUGUAACACUGUUCAGAAUAGAAAGAUUAUUAUAGUGCUUAACAUGGAAAUCGUGGAGACUAAGGCUGAAAUUAUCGGUGAUCCAAAGCACCUGAUUGCAGGCGGAGAGCAUCAAGCACCUGGUCCUGGUCCUGGCCCUGGUCCAGGAAGUCUUCAGCCGCAGCAACCACCGCCGCGUAUUUCUACUCCUUCGAGUGCAACAGUUUCUGCUAACAGUGGCUCUAGUUUCAGGCCUACAGCUAUAAACAUAGGUCAAACUCUUGGGACGGGGUUGGCUGAUGGUACUGGAGGGUUUAAUAUGGGUCAAGCACCUGCAAGUCCCUACAAUCCAUAUUCCUCUGCAGGCGUAGGAGUGAAGCCAGAGUCCGGGUUACAUAAUAAUGCAGCUGGUAACGGAGCAGGAGCGGGAUAUGGUCAGCAAGGUCAGCCCCAGAAUUCUUAUGGACGCCCUAUGGCUGCCUAUCAACCUGCUCCGGUGUACGGUAACCGAGGACCCAUUGUAAAGAAUGAAGCGCCUGCAAGAAUCAUUCCGAUUGCUGCACUGAAUCCUUAUCAGGGUCGUUGGACGAUCAAAGCUCGAGUUACAUCUAAGGGGGAGAUCCGGCGCUUUCACAAUGCAAAAGGGGAAGGCAAAGUAUUCUCCUUUGAUAUGCUGGAUGCAGAUGGUGGAGAGAUUCGGGCAACAUGUUUUAAUAAUGUUGUUGAUCAAUUUCAUGACCGUAUCGAAGUAGGUAAGGUGUAUUUAAUUAGUAAAGGUUCUUUGAAGGCUGCUCAGAAAAACUUCAACCAUCUGAAGAACGACUGGGAAAUAUUUUUGGAAUCACAAUCAACAAUUGAACCCUGCUAUGACGAGGAUUCAUCGAUACCUCAACAGCAUUAUGACUUUAGACCAAUCUCUGAAGUUGCGACGUUGGAAAAUAAUGCUAUGAUAGACAUUAUUGGAGUGGUUAUGUCAAUCACUCCAACUGUCACAAUCACGCGCAAGAAUGGCCUUGAGACUCAGAAAAGAAGUUUACAAUUGAAGGAUAUGUCAAACCGUAGUGUAGAGCUUACGAUGUGGGGUAAUUUUUGUAACAAGGAAGGGCAAGAAUUGCAAGACUUGUGUGAUUCGGGGGCCAAUCCGGUGUUAGCUGUGAAAGCUGGUCGAGUUAGUGACUUCAGUGGCAAGUCCGUGGGCACAAUCUCUUCCACACAAUUGGUUAUAAAUCCUGAUCAUCCAGAAGCACGUAAAGUGCGAGAUUGGUUCAAUCGGGAAGGAAUGAAUUCAACAACCGUCUUUCUGUCUAGAGAAGGUGGAGGUGGAGGGCGGCUGGAGCAGCGUAAAACUGUCGCGGCUAUCAAGGAUGAAGGACUAGGUCGAGGUGAUAAGCCCGAUUGGAUUACAAUAAGAGCGACUGUCUUCUAUAUUAAACCAGAGAAUUUCUGCUAUUCAGCCUGUCCUCUUGAGGUGAACGGCAAGCAGUGUAUGAAGAAAGUUACAAAUAAUGGAGAUGGUACAUGGCGCUGUGAUAGAUGUGAUCGUUCUGUGCCCGAGUGUGAUUACAGAUAUCUGCUGAGUAUUCAAGUUCAAGAUCAUACAGGUCCAACAUGGAUAACAGUUUUUCAAGAGACUGGAGAGGAGCUCAUGCAUCAUACAGCGAAAGAGCUUUUUCUGUGGAGUCAAGAUGAGCCACAGCGAUUUAGUGAAGCUAUACAGAAGCUUACAUUUAUGAAACAUAUAUUCAAGUUAAAGGUCAAAGAAGAAACAUACAAUGAUGAGCAAAGAACCAAGUCCACAUUGGUGAAAGUAGACCCUAUGGAUUGGAUUUCAGAGAGUAAGCUAAUGCUAGGUUGGAUCAAAAAUCUGAAUUCAGGGGAGCCAGAUCAUAGAGUGGCUGGUAUAAAGAGUGCCGCAGGUGUUUACCCAAGUGCGACACCUGCCUAUGGUGCGUCCGUUUAUACACCAACUGUAAAACCAGCUGUGGAGGCACAGAAUAGUUAUGGAGGCACAUCUGGUGGUUAUGGUGGUUUCGCUGGAGGUGGCUCUUAUGGGGGAGGGUCUGGCGGCGGAAGUAGUACGCAGUGCUAUAAAUGCAAACAGGAAGGACAUUUUGCCAGAGAUUGUCCAAAUUCUGGGGGAGGAGGUGGCAGCUAUGGGGGAGGAUCUGCAGGAUACGGAGGUGGGACUGGUGGCGGAUUUGGAGGAGGUGGAGGCAAUUGUUUUAAAUGUGGUCAGAGUGGGCAUUUCUCUAGAGACUGUCCUAAUCAGGCAGGAGGUGGUGGUUAUGGUGAGAGAAGCACUGUUGGAGGGACCUAUGGUGGGGGUUAUGGUGGAAGUCGAGGGGCUGGCUACGGUGGUGGCUAUUGAGAGCUGGGAGUUGGUAUGAAGCUACGAUUAAUGGUAUUUCUCUUCUUGUUCUUAUCUUGAGCAGUUUUUAUGGAUUGACUUCAACUGUCUCGUUCCUGGAUAGGGUAAGGAAAGCAGUACAAUAAAAUUUCACUGCAAAGUUCAAAGACGAGAACUGGAACAGCAAGAUCGAAUGGGGAAUUGUGCAUUAAACGAGUACCUACCUUCAUCAUAAGGCUUGUAGUGCCCUUAAUAUGGAGGUGGUUUCUCGUUCUGAAGGCCACAGGGCGAUUGAAUCCCAUCUAGGCAGAUUAAGUGAUAUUAUGUAUGCAUAGUCAAAGCAGGACACCAAUUUACUGUUAUCUAGGACUGAAGGCACGAGGACCACUGUCGAAAAUGUAGAUAAGCAGCGCGGGGGUUAGACGGAAUUCCUGUUUGAUGACCUCAUGAAAGCACUAACCUCUGCCUCAGAAGCUCUCAUCAACAGCAGGUUUUCUUAGUGUACGGGUCGAAUGAGCGUAGUAAGUUUUGUAAAUAACACAAAUUUUAAACUGCUUUUAUAUUUGAUGGAGAGAUUUUUCCUUUA